GAUCAACGAAGAAGAUGGUCACGUGACCGCCGUUCGCUUCACGUGUGUUUAGAAGAACUGAUAGUUUGCUUCCAAGACUGUUUUUGUUUUUGACGUUUUAUUUAGUUACUUUGUUUUUUUUCUAACUAGCAUUCUUCCUCAUUGAAGGACGAUGGCUUCCAGCUGUCGACGACCCGAGCACAUGGCUCCUCCAGAUGUGUUCUACAAUGAGGAGGAAGCAAAGAAAUACUCGCAGAACUCCCGCAUGAUUGAGAUUCAGACCCAGAUGUCAGAGAGGGCUGUGGAGCUUCUGAACCUGCCAGAGGGACAGCCGUCCUUCUUGUUAGAUGUCGGGUGUGGAUCUGGUCUCAGUGGGGACUAUCUGUCAGAGGAAGGACACUACUGGGUUGGAAUCGACAUCAGCACUGCUAUGUUAGACGUCGCGUUGGACAGAGAAGUGGAAGGAGAUCUUGUGCUGGGGGACAUGGGCCAUGGGAUGCCUUUUCGAGCAGGCACCUUUGACGGUUGCAUCAGCAUCUCUGCGCUGCAGUGGCUCUGUAACGCAGACAAAAAGUCCCACAGUCCACCCAAGAGGCUCUUCACUUUCUUCAGCACACUAUACUCUUCUUUGGCUAGAGGCUCUCGUGCCGUUUUUCAGCUUUAUCCAGAGAAUUCAGAGCAGCUGGAGCUGAUUACAACGCAGGCCAUGAAAGCAGGUUUCAGUGGCGGCAUGGUGGUGGAUUACCCCAACAGCAGCAAGGCUAAAAAGUUCUUCUUGUGUCUGUUUGCCGGUAUGACAGGAGUUCUUCCUAAAGGUCUGGGCUCAGAAACGUCUGACCGAGCUGUUUCAAACCAAGUUCAGUAUUCAGGACAGAGGUGUCGAUUUAAAAAUAUGAAAGGAAAAUCAGUGAAGAAGGGACGAGAUUGGAUCUUGGAGAAAAAGGAGAGAAGAAGAAGACAGGGAAGGGAGGUUCGAGCGGAUACAAAGUACACCGGUCGUCAGCGGAGACCUCACUUCUAGCUCUGACUCAUGCAGCUCAUGCCGUCAUCAUCUCUGGUCUGAACCAGCACACGCACGGUCAACGCUGGAGCCUGAUUGCACUUUUCUACUCUGUUGAGUCAAGUGGAUGAGGUGCAAACAUGAGAUGCUGUUAUAGCCAAUCAGCUUCUUAUUUGUUCAAGUGAUUGGCAAUUUGUUUCUCCCAAAUUGGGUGAGAUUUAACUCUGUUUGGAUUUAACAGGUGUACGUGUCAAAACUGAGCUGUGAAAUCAAAAGGGUUUAUAAUAAUAAUUAUGAAAUAUUCAAUUCUUCUUUUAGUUUCAUAGACUCAAACCAUUUUUGUCUUUUAAAUUGAUAAACCAAAAAAGAUGAAGAUAUUUUGACUGCUUACUUGAGGAUGAGACCCACUUGAUUUCUUCACUAAGAAAAAGCAGAGCUCAAAUGUCACCAGCUGCAAUUCAGAACAGAGAAAAGUUUGAUAGAUUUUGAAACAACACACAGACAUCGAUGAAAUCAAACUUUAUUUAUAAAGCACUUGUACAAAAAGUGCUUUAUUUAUAAAGCACUUUUUGUACAAUAGGCUUAAAACAAUUAGAAGCCAAAUUACAAUUACUAGACUACAGAAACCCUCAAUACUCCAUGACUUACUUUUUGGUGCAGUGAAGCCAUGGAUGACUAAUAAAACCAAAUAAUUUGUGUAAACAGUUGGCUAAGAUAUUGUCUUUUGUGUAAAUGAAACAAAACGGAUACCCUUAAGAGUUACUAGUGCAAAUAGGCACACAUGCGCGCUAAUGCAGAGUUGGCGAUUGGUAAAAGUGAGACAAAGAGAUCACAAAUAUGAACGUGGACGUAGAGGCAUUCGACAAAUUUUUAAAUCAUUUCCAAUUUGUUAAAAACAAAGGCAAAAAUGUUUUCAGUUAACUGCAAGUUAUGUCCUGGAGAUGAAAUGCUUUCCAUUGCCCUAGUGUCAAUGAGCAACCUAUAUCUAUACACUAUGUAGGCUCCUAUUCAAUGUACAUUUUUUCAUGCUCGUGUUGAAGUUAACGAGGUGGUGCUAAAUAAAACCCUUGUGUAGCCUUUAGGGUUUUAUUUAGUGGAUUUUACAA